CAGCGUGCGUCGAUUUUGAACGUACGUGCGGGUCAAUUUUUUUUCAUUUUUCUUCCAAAGUUUCAAAACUGCGCCCUCUAUUUCCACCUCGCAUGAAUGUUCGCGAGUAGACUGAUUCCCGGCCACAAGUCCACAAGUCCGAAGGGCAAUUUGUUCAAGGAACCAGACUAAUUCGUGGGUAGCGCCACGACUGCUUAUAAUGUCGAUGUCGAACACCAAAUAUUUGAAAAAUGCUUCAGUUUGCCCUGUUCCUAAAACAACCCGAGUUAGCAGCUUCGACCAACUUCGACCUAUCUCCAUAACGUCUGUAAUAGCCGAGUUUUUGGAAGGUUUAUUGGCAGACUGAGUUAUCGGACGGACAUCAGACUGGUUAUUGAUCUUCAGCAGUUUUGAAAUGUGAAAGCAAUCCUUGUCCGCAACGCAAGUACAAUAUGGCAAAAGCAUCCCACUUCUUCAGCCGGCGGAGGGCGGCGGAUCGGCCGGAUCACCCACGGGAAGGCGGCUGGGGUAUUGUGGUGGUCAUCGCGGCGCACUUGUCCAUGGCGAUCCAGUGGGGUUUCCAGCGAACCGGGAGUGUCUUGUACCUCAGCUGGAAGGAAGACUUCGCCAUAAAUGACAAAGAGACGGCUGCCGUGCAGAGCGUCAGUUCAUCUCUGUCGUACUUAAGUGGCCUCAUCAGCGGGGUUCUGACGGAGCGACUCGGCUGCAGAGUCUCAGGAAUCAUUGGCGGAGUUUUGAUGUCUCUUGGAUUCCUCGGCAGCUGCUGGGUGACCGACAUACGCCAGCUCUACUUAACAGCUGCUGUUGUAGGAAUUGGCACAGGGAUAUCUUACAAUUCAAGUAUAGUUGUUGUCUCGGAAUACUUCAACAGGAGGUACAAAAUAGCACACGCGUUGGUCUACGCUGGCGUUGGGACAGGGAGCAUGGUGGUACCACCUCUAUUGCAAAUUCUCCUGGAAGGCUACGGUUGGCGGGGAACGAUGAUGGUCGCCUCCGCCAUUGCGGCAAACACCGUCUCUUUUGCGGCUGUUUUCCGCCCGAAUAAAGCUCCGCUCCGGCAGAAAUCUUCAAGGCAACCUGACGCGGAUCAGUUAGAGCUAUCUGUGCACGUCGGAAUGGCUUUAACGGAGAAUCCAAAUGAAGAAAUUACCCCUGAUGGCAGCGACACCGACUCAAGAUCUCACCCGGAAACCCCUGGUGAGCUCCAAGCAGUGCAGGCAACGCACCAGGCACGUCCUAGUAGCCAGGCGGGUUCAAUCCCGCUCCAUUCUGAUCGCAAGCACUCAAACCCCGCCAUAAACGUCCUCCGGAGACUGUUUGUUUCUCUAGGGCUCAGGCUUUUCGCCAGGAGUUACCGCUUCGCUCUGACGUGCGUCAUUCAGCUACAAUUCAUGUUCGCCUUCACGGGAUUUGUGCUCUACCUCGUUCCCUAUGCUCAGAGCCUGGAUAUGGCUCCCACUGGUGCCGCCUUCCUGCUCAGUAUAUUGGGCAUUGGGAGCUUGCUCGGUUGUCUAGGAAACGGAGUGCUGGCGAGCCGGAACAUGUCGACCGAGCACGCCACCAUGACCUCCAUGGUGAUCGCUGGGGUGUCUGUAAUGCUGGUGAACCUGAACAGCUACGCCAUUUUUGCCGUGGCUUCGUUUCUUCAUGGAUUCGCGUCAGGAUUCGAUUUCACCGUUACGGUUGUUUUAAUUCGUAGUUUCGUCGGCUUGAGCAACCUAGCGAUUGGUGUUGGAUUCAGCAUGAUCUUUCUCGGUGCUGGGACCCUGCUUGGCCCAGUUUUUGCUGGUUGGAUCUUGGACGCGACCGGUUCGAGUUACCUGACGGUCUUCUACGUGCUCGGCGCCAUGUUCUUCUUCUGUGCCGUUCAAAUGCUGCUUUUGCCCCUGCUCAAACGGGUCGAACCAGGCGUUGACAUCAGCCCUGCUGACGUUUAAGGGAACAAGUCGCAUGUGUGUGUGUGUGUGGAAGGGGGGGAGAGAUCUGUACAGUUCGCAUACAAUAUGUAAAUCACACCCAAAAUGAAUACACCCUGAUCUUUGAAGGGGUGUAUCUUCUGUCCGUGAGCCCCAUGCCACCGUGGUAAUGGCCUCUAUUAAUGGUAACCAAAUUAGUUAGCGUAAGCGUUAGUUGUAUUUUGCUUAUAUAUUAAUUCAAAUUGUUCUUAGUAGUGGUAUUUUUAUAAAUGAAGUGGCUGGCUCAUUGUCCAUGCAUAUGCAAGACCGAUGUUGAUGUGCUUUGCAAUGGACUUUUCACUAAUUUUUAGUAAUUAUUCACACACGCGCAUAAAUGGCCACGGCGGCAAAAACCCCUAAAUUUCAUCGUCAUUUUCUCGAAGGUUCCGGAGACAUGUUCAUUUUUAUUCUUCAGAACACCUUCUGAAGUCAUCAUAGCCAUUACUUUCUGGCUUAAGAGGGCCUUUCGGAGCACAAAAGAGACCUCAAAAAUCUUUUCCCUCCCAAACGCACGACUCUGAAAGAAAUAAGUAGGGCUCCUUUCCGCAUUAGCUCCAAAAUGAAAUUUGCGAUACGUCAGGGUACCAUUAUGGGCAUGCACCAAUUUCGUGCUGAACUCUUUCACAGAUUUUCCAAAUCCCGGCUAUAACUUUACUCGCUUUGUCGCUCUUACUGGUUUCAACUUUGAUUUUCAAAUAGAACCUAACGUGCUACAGCAAAAUAACACUAUAUACUAAACAGUGUGAA